CAUAAAAUUAUGAAAAAAUGAGAAAAAUUUAAUGAACAUCCAUAGCACCUCUAUUAUGUUAUGUAAAAUUAUUCGUGAUGGAUGUAACUCAUUUACAAGUGAAAGAAUCUCUGAAUCUGGAGUUUGAACUCCAGAUUCAGAGAGUUAGGCAAACUAGACUAGAUUUGAAGAACAGUCUUUCUGUGGGCAGGAUAGACAGCAGUUGGAUCUCUCAACCCAAGGAGCCAUGGCAUCCCAUCAUGUCUGUGGGAUGCUUGCUUUCCUCAGUUUAUUCCUCAUUUCAUUUACACCACAUUGCGAUGGAGGAAACAUUCUGGUGUUUCCUUUAGAUGGCAGCCACUGGAUCAAUAUGAAAAUCUUGCUUGAAGAACUUCAUGCUAGGGGACACAAUCUGACUGUGAUCAGGCCCUCCAUGAGCUGGUACAUCCCUGAAAAGUCUGAUCUAUACACAUCCAUUACAGUUGAAAUGGCUGUAAAUUUUGAGCACUUUUUUGGUGGGCAUCUAGAGGAGCAGGUGAAGGUGCAAAGAGAGGGCGCAUCAGUGAUGACUUCCAUCAAACUCACCAAGAAUUUUUUUUCUUUAAUUUCUUAUGUACAUUCACUGUGGUAUGAUGCUUUGAAAUAUAUUUUUGAUGAUCAAAAUAUGAUCAAAAGAUUAAGAGAUUCCCAGUAUGAUCUGGUUCUAACUGAUCCAGCUUUGGCCCCAGGGCUUAUUCUAGCCAAAUAUCUCAAGCUUCCCUUAGUGCUUUAUGUACGCUGGAUCACCAGUGGAGAAGGCCACUUUGUGUUAGCUCCCUCACCACUCUCUUACAUCCCGGUGCCAGGAUACGGCUUAACAGAGAAAAUGAAUUUCAUCCAGAGGAUCAAGAACAUUUUUUUCUAUGGCAUCAUACUGUUCCAGCAGAAAUUUCUGGUGGACCUAGUAUAUAAUGACAUAUGUGAUAAGUAUAUUGAGGGUGGAUGUGACGUCAUCUCACUACUUCAGGAAGCAGACAUUUGGCUGUUCAGGUCAGAUUUUGUGUUUGAAUUCCCUCGCCCCACUAUGCCAAAUGUUGUCUAUAUAGGAGGAUUUCAGUGCAAACCAGCUCAGCCUCUGCCAGCAGAGCUGGAGGAGUUUGUUCAGAGCGCCGGGCAACAUGGAGUGAUCAUCAUGACUCUGGGAACUUAUGUCAAUGCUUUGCCCAAAGAUGUUACAGAGGAAAUCGCCGGUGUCUUUGCCAAGAUGCCCCAGAAGGUUAUCUGGAGGCAUAAAGGAGACCGUCCCUCUACACUGGGAAACAACACUCUAAUAGUCGACUGGAUGCCACAGAAAGAUCUUCUGGGUCAUCCACAGACCAAAGUCUUUGUAGCUCAUGGAGGAACUAAUGGUGUCCAGGAGACCAUUUACUAUGGGGUCCCUGUGCUCGGCAUACCCUUGUUCUUUGACCAGUAUGACAACCUUCUACGACUGCAGGAGAGAGGAGCUGCAAAGAUCAUUCAGCUAGUUGAUGUUAAUGGCCACAGUUUUGAGCAAGGCCUUAAGGAAGUGAUCCAUCAAGAGAGCUACAGGCAGAACAUUCAACGAAUGUCACGUUUGCACAGAGAUCAGCCAAUAACACCCAUGGAGCAGGCCGUCUUCUGGGUAGAGUAUGUGAUGCACCACAAAGGGGCUCGUCACCUGCGUACAGAGGCUUAUAAGAUGCCCUGGUACUCUUACUACUCUUUAGAUGUAGUGCUCAUAUUGCUGUCUGCAGUCACUGUGCUGCUCCUCUCUGUUGUAGCUGUUUUCAGAUUUCUGUGCUGCCGAAGACAAAGAAAGAUAAAAACUAAACAAAGUUAAAAUAAUUUCCAUUUGUAAGAUGACAUACUAUGUCUAUUACUUACUGUGGUUUAGUUUUAAUGUAAAGAGUUACUUGUAGCACAGUUGUAAAUGAUUAACCCUCUUCUACAUAGCCAACAAGUUUGCUGGACCAACAUUACAACAAUACAAACUGUUCAAUGAAACUGUUCCACGUAAUAACUUUUUAGUUAUAUUCAAAGGCAAUAAAGUUAAAAUAACAAACACUUAAACCUUUAGAAAGUCUAUUUGUUGAUUCUGUUAUUGCUUGGUUUCCUUAAAGCACAGCUGGGAUUGUUUUUCUGGCUUUUCGCUUGGUGCAUCACAUGUUAAAAAAUCAGAUCAUAAUUUUUACAGUAUUGGCAAAAAUGUUGUUGCUAUUGGAGGGUUUAUGUACACCUAACCAUCACAUUUAAUUGACAAAACCCACUGUAUAAUGAUAUGUUAUGUACAACCUGAAGAAAUCUUACAUUGUAUUUGUACAACUUUGGUCGUGUAUAUGAAACGUGUAUAAAUGGUUUCCUAUAGACUUCCUGUCUGUGGUGUGUACAAUGUCAUUAUUUAUUGUGAGCACAAAAUCACUACAUACUUAAAAGAAUAUUAAAAUAUGCAAUGAAA